AUGUUUCAUACGUCCGCCGCCUACUCCGACAUGACGGCGGCAGCGGUGGUGGCCAGCGGCAACAGUGGCUCCUAUCAUCAAUCGGCAGCUGCCGCGGCAGCCGCGGCGGCCGCCAACGCACCCGUCUACGUGCCCUCGAGCCGCGCCGCCCUGCCCCACUCCCAGUACGGGGCCCAUUCGGCCAACUUUUCCACGCAAAAUGGCUGGCCGACCGACGGUUUCGGCACGACCCACACGCAGCUCCCGCCGCAGUUCUACGCCCAGAACGUGAUGAUGGGGUCAUGGCGCGCCUACGACCCGACCGGCUUCCAGCGCACCUCGCCAUACGACAGCGCCAUGGAUUUUCAAUUCGGCGAGGGACGCGAGUGUGUGAAUUGUGGGGCCAUUUCAACACCGCUCUGGCGUCGGGACGGCACCGGUCACUAUCUCUGCAAUGCAUGCGGGCUCUAUCACAAGAUGAACGGCAUGAACCGUCCGUUGAUAAAGCCCAGCAAGAGACUGGUGAGUCAGACGGCCACGCGCCGGUUAGGGCUGUGCUGUACGAACUGUGGCACCCGGACGACGACGCUCUGGCGGCGGAACAACGACGGGGAACCGGUGUGCAACGCCUGCGGGCUCUACUUCAAGCUCCACGGCGUUAACCGGCCGCUGGCCAUGCGCAAGGACGGCAUCCAGACGCGCAAGCGCAAACCGAAGAAGGCGGGCAGUGGUGCCGGAAGCGCCUCCGACGUGAUGGCGCUCGUGGGCGGCAAGAAGGACGACGUGCUCGGCGGGGACGGGCUGCUGCACACCACCGACCGGAACGGCAACUCGAAGGCGCUGUCGGCGAGUCCCAAGUCCCAGAACCUGACGUCACCACCGAUCCGUUCGUUGCACCUGUCGCCCCACCAUCACCACCACCACCACCAUCCUCAUCACGCGCAGUCCUACAGCUUGCCUGGGUCGCUGGGUGGGUCCGGAACCCAUCACCACGGAGCCGGCGGCGGAUCCUUGGGAUCUCUGGUCGGGAAGUACGAUCUGGCGGCCCUCUCUUCAUCCGCCGGAGGUGGCGGAGGCCUAUCCGGUGGUGUCGUGGCUUCGUCCGCCUCCCACCAGCACCUGGGCGGAGGGCUCGGUGGAUCCCACAUCUACACGAGUGGCACGUCACAGCACACGUCGGCGGCGGCCAACAGCAACGCGGGUUACCCGGGUGGUUCAAGCACGCCGGUCAGUGGCCUCAGCAACAACAACAACAACACUUCCGGUACUCCGUUCGGCUCGGGACAGAUCAAGUCGGAAGCCGGCAACGGGAUCCUCGGUACGGCCACCACCCCGACGUCGGUGGCGACCGGCAAUGGCGGAUACGGCGACUACAUGAACAACUGUCUGCCGAGCGGGUACUUUGGGGGUGGGUUUGGGUCGCUCCACACGCAUCACAGCCCCCACCACCACCACGGAGUGACGGCCGGCGUCGUGGGCUCGGGGGGCUCGGUGGUGAACGGGGCCUCGCUGGCCGGGGCAGCCCACCAUGGACAUCCGCACCAUCACCACCACCAUCACCACCCGACGGCGGCCGAUCUGGCGGGGUACCACCACCAGCACAAUGUCAUCCAGGCGGCCAAGCUGAUGGCUUCGUCCUAG